AUGGUGAACAUCAGCAAUACUAAAAACCUGCCAAUUGCCACCGCCGCCGACGGUGGCGACGGCGGCGGCGGAUCCACCAGGUCAUGGGCCGCCCCCGUUUCCGGUCAGUCCAUGUCGACUAGCGGCAGUGUUGGGUCACCAUCCAGCCGGAGUGAGGCCACAGCUACAGCUGGGGAAAGCACAGUUCUCUUGUUAAACAAUCUUGAUAUCGAAAGGGGUGAUAAUGGAUCUCAGGGCACUCCUGACAACAGGAGGAAGAAGAGAGGACAACGAGCAGCUGGAGGAGAUAAAAAUGGUCGAGGGCUUCGUCAGUUUAGCAUGAAAGUAUGCGAGAAAGUGGAAAGCAAAGGGAGAACUACAUAUAAUGAGGUGGCUGAUGAACUUGUUGCUGAAUUCACUGAACCUACCAAUAGUCUUUCAUCACCCGACCAGCACCAGUAUGAAGAGAAAAACAUACGCCGGAGAGUAUAUGAUGCUCUAAACGUGCUAAUGGCUAUGGAUAUUAUCUCUAAAGAUAAAAAGGAAAUACAGUGGAAGGGUCUUCCGAGGACUAGUGUGGAUAAUGUUGAAGAAUUUAAGGCUGAACGUCUUGGACUUCAAAAUAGCAUCGAGAAGAAAGCAGCUUAUCUGGAAGAGCUCGAGGAUCAAUACAUUGGUCUUCAAAACCUCAUACAGCGCAACAAGCAAUUGCAUGGCUCGGAAAAUGCUCCAAAUGGUGGAGUUGCACUGCCUUUCAUAUUGGUUCAGACACGCCCUCAUGCCACGGUGGAAGUGGAAAUAUCAGAAGAUAUGCAGCUUGUGCAUUUUGAUUUUAAUAGCACCCCUUUUGAGCUCCACGAUGAUAAUUAUGUUCUGAAGGCGAUGAAAUUCGGCAUAAAAAACCCACAAAAUAUUCCGAGCAGAAGAGGCGAAAGCUCGAGCAUGGCCAAUAUGUACCAAUUUCAAGCGAGUCAUUUUUCGAGGCCAAGUUUAACUCUACCCGCAAUAUUAAAGGCGCGUGUUAAACACGAGCAAUAG